GCGAGUGUGUCUCUUCCCAUGCUCUUAGGACUUUGAAUGAGGCUAAGUGGAAUGCUCCUCAGCUUAUUCCCUUUGCUGAAGACGUUAGGAAAAUGCACCAGUAUCUUGACACAAAAAGGAUGGAGUGCCAGAGGAACCUAAAGGAAGAAGCUGUAAAGAAGAACUGGGCUGAACUUGCCAAGAUCACGCUUUGUGAGGUGAUAAUAUUCAACCGGAGAAGAGAGGGAGAAGUAUCCAAGAUGCCACUGAACGCUUUCACCUUGAGAGAUACCUCUGUCACCCAUCCAGAUGUGGAGCUUGCUUUGUCAGAACUUGAAAAGAAGCUGUGUAAACACUUCCAGCGAAUUGAGAUAAAAGGCAAACGUGGCCGAAAGGUUCCCAUUCUCCUAACUCCUAAUAUGGCAUCAUCAAUGGAGUUGCUUGUCCAAAAUCGCCACAAUUGUGACGUGUUGGAUGAGAAUCCAUACAUGUUCGGGAGACCACAGACUCUCAAUCACUUCAGAGGAUCGGAUAUUAUUCGUGAGAUGGCUCAAAACUGUGGAGCAAAACACCCUGGAGCAUUGUCCUCAACCAAACUGAGGAAGCACAUGGCCACCAUGUCAAAGGUACUUAACCUAAAGGACAAUGAAAUGGACGACCUAGCUGACUUCCUUGGCCAUGACAUUAGAGUUCAUCGUCAGUAUUAUAGAUUGCCUGAAGGGACAUUACAGUUGGCAAAAAUCAGUAAAGUGUUGCUGGCACUAGAAAGAGGACAGCUCUCCCACUUCAAAGGAAGAAAUCUGGAUGAAAUCAGCAUUGAUCCACAAGAGAAAAUGUCUGUGGACAGUGGAUCAGACACUGAAGAAGAGGUUGACUCAGCUGAGAGGGAUGCUGAUACUUCAUCUUCCAGAUCACCAGAUGUGGAUGGCAACAAAAAAGUAGAAAAUGGUCAAUUUGGGGUGACCAGGAGAUGCACCACUGAAGUUGGACAAAGCAAUGAUCUGCCCUCAGCAAAAGAGAGGUCAGAUGACGAGGUACUGGCAGACAUGGAAAUCUCUGGCAACUCCAACACGACUAACGGCCCACCACAAAAGAAGAGACUGAAGUGGAACCAAGAAGAAAUCCAGGCAGUGGAGAAAACACUCAUGGACUGUAUUGACUCUGGAAAGGUUCCUGGGAAAGCCCAGUGUAUGAAGUGCAUUGAAACCUCACCAGUAGCCCUCAAGGACAGGACAUGGCAAGGGAUUAAAUUCUAUGUGAAAAAUCGCAUAGAUGCAUUAAAACGAGAGACUUUCAAAAGAAGGUAAGCGUUGACCUUUUUGUUACUGUGAAAGAAAACGGAUCAUUUGUUAGUGCCAUUACCACGCCGAUUCUGUUUGGAGUUUCUGCCGGUUUUGAAGUUUUGAGACAGCUGCAGUCAAGUUUUGUAAUGCAAGUAUGUAUGCAUACUGUAUGUUCAUGUUUAUGGAUACAUAUCAAUGAAUACAUUUCAUUUUAGUACAUGCAUGUUGGAUUGUAUGUAUAUUUUUUGCAACAAGAUACUGGAAGUUAUGCAAUAAAAUGGUUCACAUAGAACCAGAAAAUGUAGUCCAUUAUUGAUGGUUGGCAUUAAGCAUGUUACCAGGUACUUAAAAAUAACAUUAAACAAAAACAAAUCUGAUAUAACACAGUUUAUUGACUUAAAAGAACUAGGAUUGCUCAUAUUUGACAAACUGUGUUCCCAAAAAUUACACAGUGCCACCUGGUGGUAGUUGGUGAUGGACAUGUCCCCACAUGGAGCCAAAAACCUGACAGAUUUUUGAUUUUCUAAAUUUGAUUAAUUUUUAUGUUAAAGAUUAUAUUUCAUGUUCCAAUAUCCCUAAAAAAAAUCCAAACCUAAAACCAAGCCUUUAGCUCAUUUAGAAAGUUGGGUCCCCACGUGUAACCACCUAGUCACUCGCCAAAACAAGUCCUCACGUUUCGGGAAAUACAAGUAUGUGUGU